AUGCCUAAGAAAGGAGAAGAAAUAGAAAUGCCUUCUACAGUCCCUGAAGAAGGAACUAUUAUGCAUGACCCAAAUUUACGUAAUUUCCUUUUAAAUGUUGAAGAAAUCAGAAAUCAACUUCAAGGAAUUCAAAAUAUUAUUGAACAAUUUAGAGAACAAACAGAACAAUUAAAAGCUGGAAAUGAACAAGAAGGAGCUACUGAUAAAUUAAAUGAGAUGGUUAAACAAGCAAAUACUUAUUUCACACAAGCUCAAACUAGAUUACAAUUACUUCGUGAUGAAAAUGUUAAACUUCAAGAAGAACAUAAAGUUACUACAACAGUUGUUCGUAUUAGAAAGAAUCAUGUAGAUGUUUUAAGUUCAAAAUUAAUUAAAUUAAUGAAAGAAUAUCGAGAUAUUCAAGAAUUAAAUAAAGCUGAAAAUGAGAAUAGAAUUGCAAGACAAAUGAAAGUUGUUAAUCCAAAUGUUAGUGAUGAAGAAGUUAAACAAGCUAUAGAAAGUAAUGAUAAUGCUUUUAUGACAGGUGUAAUGACUGAAAAUAAUAAACAACUUGAUCUUGCUGCAAAACAAGCAUUAGCAUAUGUUACUAGUAAACAUAAUGAUAUUUUAAUAUUAGUUGGUGCUAUUGCUGAAUUAAGACAAAUGUUUGUUGAUCUAGCUGUGCUAGUUGAACGACAAGGAGAAGUAAUUAAUAAAAUUGAAGAUAAUUGUGAGACUGCAUUAGAAUAUGUUAAACAAGGGACUGAAGAUUUAAAACAAGCUCAUGAAUAUGCAAAACAAAGUUCAAAAUUAAUGUGUAUUAUUUUAAUUGUAGUAGCUAUAAUAAUGAUAAUUGUUGUUGCUGCUAUUUUACUUCCAAUUAUAUUAAAGGCAACAGGAGUAACUAAUAAAGAUGAAGGUUCAUACACUCCUUAA